AAAAAUAAAAGAAGCCUAGCUUAGUCCUUCCUGAGCCCAUCCCCAGUUCCCCCACCUCUCACUCUCACCACCCGUCCACCCCCAGCUCUCUCGCCUCUCUCCUCGACUUCUUGCUUCGACUCUCGCCAUCAGCUACCUUCGCGCAACCAGAAGCUGGUUCCGAAAGUAUGAAUUGCAAUUUAGUUUGCUUUGAAACAUGUCAUGUUUUGAUUUCCACAACCUUUACUCGUAUCCAUGCAUCUGGAAUGACGAAGCCAAAGAUCCCAAACUAUUUCACAAUACACGGUCUUUGGCCUACAAAUUUCUCUUCUCCUUGGCCACAAUCUUGUGCUGAAAAGCCAGCGGAUUAUUUUAAGAGAAGCUCGAUUGAUACAUUGCAAAAUGGAUUAAACCAUUAUUGGCCAAAUCUAAAAUCAGCAGAAACGAACAUGGAGUUAUGGAUUGAAGAAUGGGAAAAACAUGGAACGUGUAGCCUUCAAAAAUUUAAUCAAUCUGAAUAUUUUAGACAGGCUAUAUCUAUUACAGAAUUUUUGGACAUUCUAGUUGUAUUCAAGAAUGUUGGAAUAAUCCCUCAUAGAACUAAAACUUAUAGUCUCAUUGACAUUGUUAAUGCAAUAAAAGAGACUAAGACUCGUCAAGUUGAACCCGAACUUGUGUGCUUCCAAGAUCGGAGUGAUGUGUUAUUGCGAGAGAUUCGUGUGUGUCUGGAUGCUAACUUAGCCGAAUAUAUUUCAUGUCCUAUUAAUAGAUCCAAAGGUGUUAUUUUAUGCAAAACAAAGUCUAAUGCUAUUAAAAUACCUGUGUAAUAUUUGUUUGUAUCCAAAUAUUAUUAUUAUUAAGUGUGAAAAAUAGGGAUCAAGUAUUGAUUCCCCAUAAAUAAAUAUGCUUGUAUGUC